AUGAGCUCCUUGUCGAACCGGCCAGGGCUCCUGAACCCGCGCCAGCCUGUCAAGGCGUUAACGGUAGCGUUCUGCCUAUGGAAGGCUCUAGUAUACCUGGUCAUCAUCAGUUGCCCUGGCCUUGGCUACGACACUUCCACAAGCCAUCUUUACCAUACCAACGGUCGCUCUGAUGUCAUAUCAUCGGAGGACCUCACUUAUGCCCACCUUCCUAUCCCACUGAAGUUCGUCAGGUGGGAUUCCAUCUACUUCCUACACAUUGCAGAAAACGGCUAUGUCUUCGAGCAAGAAUGGGCGUUCGGCUACGGGUAUACUCGAGUCCUGGCCUUCAUUGCCACUGCACUAGAUCGAUUAAUAGGUCCCAGUGGAGUGGCCAGGACUGCAGUGGUGGCCAUUGCUUUUUCUCAUCUUGCCCAUUAUCUCUCAGUCUUGGCCCUAUAUAGACUCUCCGUCAACGUAUUCGGGCGUGACACAGCCACCCAAAGACUAAUCUGCUUCCUUUCUGCAGCACUACACAUCAUCUGCCCCGCAGGAGCCUUUCUUUCUGCGCCCUAUGGGGAGUCUUUAUUUUCCUUGCUCAACAUCACCGGGUUCUAUGUCUACUCGUCCUCGUUCCUCGACAAUAAAGCCGGCAAGCGCCUAUCAGGGGAUGCGAAGCUGCUCCUAGCUGCCGUACUGUUCUCGGCUGCUACAACGGUUCGCAGUAAUGGAAUAUUAAGCGGCAUUUUAUAUGCCUAUGAUGCUCUUUUGCAGCUUCGUCGGGUUUUGUGCCAGAGGUUAUCAGUGGGUGCUUGUGCCCAUCUCUGCGUGAUAAUCGUGAGUGGCUGUGUUAUUGCCCUCGGGCUUGUCAUGCCCCAAGCCGUAGCCUAUACGGCUUACUGUGUGGAUGAUGACAUUGCACGUCCGUGGUGUCGAUGGCUAGUCCCCAGUAUAUAUGGUUGGGUUCAAGGGCAUUACUGGAACGUAGGAUUCCUUCGGUAUUGGACCGUAUCCAACAUACCACUUUUUGUGCUGGCAAUGCCCAUGCUGGCCAUCCUCUGCCGGUCUUCACUAUGGGCAUUAGAUGUGGCAGUGCCCUUUAUCUUCCCGGGAGCCUUAAGUGGAGUUGACCAAGCGUCGUCGUCAGCCACGACUGCCUCCCUUCUUCUCCGACUGGCUGUUCCUCAGGGACUCCUUGCGGUGCUGGCCCUGACGAGUUACCAUGUGCAGAUAAUUAACAGGAUCUCCUCGGGCUACCCGUUGUGGUAUUGGUACCUCGUAUAUUUAGUGUCGGGCAACUGGGGGCAGUCCCGACCCUCCCUGCAAGACAGCCGGGGCUUUGCUGUGGCGGUGCGGGGCAUGGUGGCCUAUGCACUGAUCCAGGCUCUUCUCUUCGGUUCCUUCCUGCCACCCGCAUAA